AUGCCCGAGGGAAAGGCUGAAGGGGAUCCUGAAGGAGAUAAAGCCAAGGUGAAGGACAAACCAAAGAGGAGAUCCGCGAGGUUGUCUGCUAAACCUGCCCCUCCAAAGCCAGACCCCAAGCCUAAAAAGGCCCCUGCAAAGAAGGGAGAGAAGGUACCCAAAGGGAAAAAGGGAAAAGCUGAUGCUGGCAAGGAGGGGAAUAACCCUGCAGAAAAUGGAGAUGCCAAAACAGACCAGGAACAGAAAGCUGAAGGUGCUGGAGAUGCCAGGGGAAGUGUGUGCAUUUUUGAUAACUGUGUACUUCUGGUGAGUGUACAGUUUGAAAUACUAUUUUGUAUCAAGUUUUAUAAAAAAGCAUCAGAUGAAAACUUCAUUGAGUUUUAUAGUGGCUUUCUGAUUUUUGGUAGUCCAUUGAAGAAGGGAGUUUGA